CGAUCCUGCCAGUGUAGGUGGCAGUGAGAAGCUGGGGCCUACUCCCCAGAGCCUUUGGAGCAGAUCUCGGACCCUUGGAGCUCUAUGUCGCUGGCCCCCCAGAACCCUGAACAUGGCAGAGGGGGUGCAGGCCAACCCCAAAGGGUGCAGAAAGACGGCGCUGGUUAGACACCCCUCUGGGUGGAGGGGCCCUGAUCUUAGGGCCUCUUCUUCAAGGACCUUCAGAUCUAGCCUGGCUUUGAAGUUCUUCACCAUCACCAUCCUGGCCGGCAGCAUCCUGCCCACAGCGCACAGCAGCCUGUUCAACCUGAAGACCAUGGUGGAAGCCAUCACGGGGAAAAAUGCCAUCCUGUCCUUCGUGGGCUACGGCUGCUACUGCGGGCUGGGGGGGCGUGGCCUGCCCAUGGAUGAAGUAGACUGGUGCUGCCAUGCCCAUGACUGCUGCUACCAGAAGCUCUUUGACCAGGGCUGCCACACCUACGUGGACCAUUAUGAGUACAGCAUCGAGAAUAAUACUACGAUUGUCUGCAGAGAUCGCAACCAGACGGACUGCGACAGGCAGACCUGCGAGUGCGACAAGAGCGUGGCUCUGUGCUUCCAGAGGCAGACGUACAAUGAGAAGCAUCGCAACUACCUCAACAUCUACUGCCAGGGCACCACCCCCAACUGCAGCAUCUACGAGCGGCCCAAGAAGGAGACCUGUAGCCCCGCCUCCUCGCCACCCCCUGCACUGCCCUAGUGCCCUCUGGAGGCUG